UUUCCUUCCUGGGGGAAGGGAUGAAUGCAGAUAAAAGGAGUGCAAAGGGCUUGAGAAAGUCACAGUGCUCUGGAGCCUCAAAUCUCCGCACCUCUUCCACGCUACCAACCCGCGCUCCCUCGCUGCGCUCUUCUGUCCACGAUGCGUCUCCUGCCCAGCCUCUCUGCCGGCGUCCCCCGCCCUUCCCGGUCGCUGUGCGCGCUGCUGGCGCUGCUGCUGCUGCUGACGCCGCCAGGGCCCCUUGCUAACGCUGGUCCGGUAGCAGCUGUGGUGAGAGAACUGCGUUGCAUUUGCUUAACCACCACGCCCGGAGUUCACCCCAAAAUGAUCACUAAUCUCCAGGUGAUCGCCGCAGGCCCACAGUGCUCCAAGGUGGAAGUGGUAGCCUCCCUGAAGAACGGGAAGGAAGUCUGUCUGGACCCCGAGGCCCCUUUGAUCAAGAAAGUUGUCCAGAAAAUUUUGGACAGUGGAAACAAGAAAAAUUAAGAGAAAGGAACACGCAUUGGAAGGACUGUCCAGCUUUCAGCCGAGCAGUUUUCCAAGAGAGUCUCUGGACCAGUGAAGACAAGAAGAAAUGGAUGACUUUUUUCCCCCAGUAGUUUUCUUUGUGGAUUCCCUGCUUUGAAAGGGACAGGGAAACCUGUUUGUUCCUCAAGUUUUUUUGCUCGGUUUAUGAAGUAUUUAUCAUAGUAUUUCCUGCUAUUUGCUCUUAUUUUACCUGCUAUAUUACCGGAAGCUUUGAAAACUAUUUUGUGAACCAAGAAUUAUUGGUGGUUGAUCUCUCAAAGUGUCUUGAAUUGAAGGUGACUUCUGCACUGAGAAUACAUUCCUAUGGUGUUCAUGAAGAUUUUGGAUUUAACAAAUGAAUGUUUUGUUAGAAUGCUGUUGAGGGAAAGACACUCUUAUCCUCAUUCUUCCCAUGAAAUAGGAAAUAUUUUAGUGUGAUUUCUUGGAUAAUAUGUUACAGAACUUUUUUACUCUUGACUCUUAUUAUUUAAGUUAUAUAUAUUAGAAAACUGGGUGUGUCAUACAAUAAUGUGUAGAAUAUAUUUCCUUAUUUAGAAUUUCUAAAUGUUUAAAUUCUAUAAGGGAUAAUAUAUUCUCUUCCUAUAAUUUUAGACAUUUGAUGUCUUCUUAGUAUGGCAUAAUGUCAUGACUUACUCAUUAAACUUUGAUUUUAUGUGCUAUUUAUUAACUAUUUUAUUAACCAAACUGUAAUCCAGGUCACUAAAUACUUGUUUAGAACAGAUGAAGACAAGAAACAGGUGAAUUCCUGACUUCUAGUUUUUAUAGGAAUGCAUAUUUUAGUUUUUCUAAGUGAAAGCAAAAACAUCAAUCUGUACUCCGAAAGUUUUGAAAACAUAUUUGGCACAUUUGAAUAUUAAUUCAUCAUUUAGCCAUCCCAAAAUAUAUACCAUUGCUAAGAUAUUUACAUGCUGAUAAUGUAUCUUUUAAAGGUUUGGACCAUUCUGUUAUAUGUAUUUAUACAGCAUAUUCACUAUAUUAAA